CGGUAAUCUGGACGCAUCGCUUGAGGAGAUGAAUAUCACGAGACAGGGUAGAUGCUCUUUGACCGGAGUUGUUGAGAGUCCCUUUCGAUUUGCGCAUGGAGCAUACCUUCAACGACGACUCGCUAAACUCAAGGUUCGCUAAACUAGGCGUCAAUCCUGAACUCAAGUUGAGUGUCCUGGGGGGCCUGUUGCAGAACGAUGAGUCCCCUCUCGAGAAGUUUCUCCUAACUCAUGAUGACCAUGGUUGCCGAGGUCUGAAAGCCACUCUCUUGUGCCAAGUCGUCACGAGCGAGUGCUACCUGGUGUCUGGAACACCAGAGGUGUGGGACGUGACGAGGGAGUGGGAAGGGGCCACACACUUCGUGAGUGGGCUGGCCUAUGGGGCUACUGUGGUUGCGACCAUAACGAGCAAGAAUCAGGCGACCAAUGCUGAUUCUGCUCAGCGGCUGCGGUCUCGACUGGACGCCCUACUGCGCUUUCUAGAGUCGUCUCUUUCCAUUCCGGACGAGAGGGAACUCUGCAACGGAGAUGGUCUUAUGCGGUUGCCCAAUCGGAACUCCCUGGACGGCCGGCUUGAGGCAGAUUGUCCCCGUCAAAUGGAUAAGUGUGCAGUUGAUGAUGGCGGAUCCAUGGGCGACGCCUGUGCGACAGGUGAUGGCAGCCAACUCCUUGAAUGUCCAGAGCUCAAUGAUUCCUCAGACAUUCCGAGGGUUGAAAUCUCUGCGGGGGAAUCCGAUGUGCCGGGGGGAAGACGGCAACCUGAAAGGCAUCCUGAUGAUGCAGCACACAUGGGUGGUUGCUCCGUGAAGCAGGGGCUGACCAGCCUGGAAUCGACUUCGGAGGAGGCUUUCGCCAUGCCUGACUUGGGGGAGUCCAUUUGCAGGGUGGAGCAGCUGUUCCAAGACAUCCAUGAUGUCGAGGAGGAAUUGCGCUUCUUCUAUGAAGAGGUCAAUCGGGCCACGAGAGAUCACGGUCACGGAGUCGUCUUCAGAACGGAAGGAAGGAUCGUUGAUGGGUGCAAGGGUAAGCUGGAAAAAAUAUGCGAAAGAGCAACUCAAGCAGUGGGUCACGCUGCUGUUGAAAUUCGCUCGGGGCGUAUGGAUUGCAGUGCUCUGAACCACAUUGUGGAGGAGUUGCGAGAGCAUUUCUGCUUGCCAAAGUUUAAGGACUGCCUGAUGAAGCAUCGGGUGAUUCUGGAGGAGAAGGUGCGGUUCUUUAGAGAGUUGCACAGUUUUGGAAUUUAUUAUGUCAGCGCGGCAGACGAGCGGGUCGCAAGCAUGAAGAUAGUGUCCGAGCAUGCUCGAGAUUCUUUGCAUAUCCUGGUGCGGAACACGAUCGUCGAGAGGGAAGGAUUGUUUAGGAGCAACCUGGAGUUGCUGAAGAGGCUGGUCGUUCAAAGACGCAGGGAAGAAGGGGAGGCGACAGACACCGAAGACAGUGUGUCUGGAACAGAUCGAGUAAGUCGAGCAUCAGCAGAAGGAGAAGGAGGAAGAGGAGGAGGAGAAGGAGAAGGAGCUAUUGUAUUGGUCGGCGGUCGAGGGACUGACAGAAGAAGGUGUUUUCACUUCUACGUUAUCGAGAUCACAGGGGCUGCUGGUCAGGAGUCAACUGAAGCUCCGGUGAGCAACACGAAUGGCUGCAGAGCAGAGAAUGGAAACGAAGGGACAGAGUCCUGCGACGAUCCUCAUCUUCCUCCUCUCUCGCUGGAUACAGCAAUCCGUUUCUAUGAGAAGGGGAAACUGAUUCACGACGAUGUAUGGAUGCAUAUGGAGAGGACCUCUGCCCUUUGCCUCGUGAGAUCUAACGAGAUGGAACUCUUGGAGCCACGCAUUGCCACAACCAGCAGUCUCGGUGCCCCUAAUAGAACUGCGCGGCUUCGGUGUCGCUGCCCCGGCUCUGUCAACGGCCUAUGCUCUCCCAUAGAGCGGGUCUGGCACUGUGAGCGGUGCACUGCUGAAGUGGAGUACGGCUAUGAUGGCUUUGCCUAUUGCGAGUGCGGUCGGUGUCCCGUCGGAUCGUUGCGAUACCUCUGUCGGGACAAAGUCCACAAGGAUGAUACUUACGUCCGCUUCCGCACGUCCGCCAAACUGCAGGACGAGCUGGACAAACUGAAACGCAGCGAGGAGAUCAACAUCUUGCUCUUGGGGGAAACAGGUGUGGGCAAGUCCACGUUCAUCAAUGCCUUCGUCAAUUACUUGACGCACGAAAAGAUGGAUGAUGCCCGCGAGGAUCUCAUUGCGCUGAUACCUUCUAAAUUUACAAUAUGCAAGGACGGCGACUUCGAGGAGUGCAUGGUGAGCAUCGGAGAUGAAGGUGACGCUAACGAGACAAGUGGGAGCGGGAAGUCUUCCACGCAGUCGUGCAAAGCGUAUGUGUUUCACUAUGGCGAUCGGGUGGUGCGCUUGAUUGACACACCUGGCAUUGGGGAUACUCGGGGCAUCGAGCAGGACAAGAACUUUGAAAACAUCCUUCGGUUCCUGGGACACCACCCCGAGGUCCAUGGCAUCUGCAUUUUGCUCAAGCCGAAUAAUGCGAGACUGACUGUGAUGUUCCGGUUCUGCAUCAUGGAGCUCCUCUCCCACCUGCACAAGAGCGCCAAGGACAACAUCGCCUUCGUCUUCACCAACGCGCGCUCCACUUUCUACCGUCCCGGCGACACCAUGCCGCCACUGCGGGAGAUGCUGCAGAAGAUCCGUGACUCCCCUCCGAACGUGGACAUCGAGAUCAGCAAGAAAACCAUCUACAGUCUGGACAACGAGGCGUUCCGCUUCAUGGCGGCUAUGAAGCAGGGGGUGGAAUUUGGUGAGAAGCAGAAGGCGGAUUUCGCGGAGAGCUGGAAGGUGUCAGUCGAUGAGUGUCGGAGGUUAAUGAAAUUCGUAUUCAAUCGAAAGGCCCACCGAGUGCAGGACACGGUAUCAAGGAACCUGCAAGUGCUUGCUGAAAAGGUGAAGGAUGUCAACUUUUCAGCCAAACAUAUCUCGGACCUGAAGAAGCAGCUGUAUGUUCCAGCCAUCGAUCUGGAAUAUGUGGCGCUUGAUCAGCCGCACACGGUGUGCACCUCCUCCUCCUGUCGGGAUAUCGUGACGACGGGGAGCGUGGCAAAGUAUGACUACAGAACCCGUUGUCACAAGCCUUGCUACUUGACGAACGUUGAAAUCAAUAUUGUCAAUAACCCGGAUUUGCAAAACUGCGCUGCGAUGCACCCAAACAGAUUGCAUUGCAACCAGUGUGGUUGCCCAUGGUCAGCGCAUAUGCACGUCAUGACUGAGUCGAAGCACAUACAGGUAAACCUCAGGGACAACAACAUAGACCAGCAAAUCAAGACGAAAGAACAGGCGGUGGAAGCAAUGAAGAAGAACAUUAAGGAUCUUGAAAAUCGGGCGUCGGAGCUGAAGAAAGAGCAGCAGAUCAUAGCCAGGAUGAGCGCUCGAUUUACCCAGUUCUUGAAGUCCAACGCCAUAGCCGCAUACAACGACUCCCUGCUCGAGUACUUAGGUCACUUGAUUGAGGAGGAGAAGAAUCUCAGAUCUGAGGGCAUGAACAAUGCAGAGGUACUCAAUGGACUGAUCCGACUGAAAGAGACAUACGAGACGGAGAUCAGAAUUCUCUCAGAAGCAGAGACCACCAUCGAUCCAGCCUUGGAUCCUUCGUCGGGGAUUCGACUCGGAUUACCCGCCUCUGCGUCCCCGUCGUCUUGUUCAUCUGUAUCGGCCGAAGACAUCAAUGCCAUGGUGCAUGAGUUGUUUGCGCUGCAAAUCAAUGGUUGCAUGAUCCGGCAAACAAUGGAAGAGUACGACAAAGCACUUAAGGCGGUGCACUUUGCGUACUCAGAGACGGUUGUCAGGCCUGCGAGGACUUGGUCGGACCGCGGCAAAAGUGCGAGUCGUGCCGCGGGCAGCAGCAGCAGUCGUGGCUGCUCGCAUCCGCCUUGCCAGUGCCACUCUCGCUCUGGCUUUGAAGGCACUCAUCAGGGCUGCAAACAACAAUACAUGGUGCAGAUGGGUUCCGUAAGUCUCUGUUCUUACAACACAGUCAACGCCAAUGGUUGUAACCAUUGCCAUGACCAACCAAUCCACCAUAACCACCAAGCUCAUUACCAUAGCCACACUAUGGACAAUGUUUGGAAUGGCCAUAGCAGCUGUGGCACUCAUCAUGGGAAUGACUUUUCCUGGGGCCAGGAGAAUGCUUACUAUGACGAUCGCCUCGGUGAGAACAGCUAUGCCUGUCGUUGUGGGGCAAGGACAACAACGCAGCGCCCACCGGUGGCAGUUAACCAGGGUCUUAGAAUUCCGAGCCUUUUUUGAAGCCUGUUUGGACUUUGAAUGAUUAUAUAGCAGCAGCCUACCAUCUUCAACCAAAUAGAAGGCGCGGUCAUUGUCAUUACCACCACGUGUUGUGCGACUUUCAGUCUAGAUGCAGUCUAAUGAAUGACCGGGCGUUCU